GGUUAGAGAAUUUAUACUGUCUUGAUGAUAUUUCAUCAUUUUACCUGAGUAUAUUGAGGCCUAACUUUGUUUUUUACUGUUUUACAUGGUUUGGAUGAACUGGAGUACAUGGACCACAGCAAGAGAAACAGUGAAGAGACGCAGUGUAGUCAGAUGGCCAUUGCAGCAGCAUCAAGAGAGUGUAAGAAAUGUCGCAAAUAAACAUCGGAGAGAGAGCGGAGAAUCUGCAGGCGAAGAUAAGCGUGCCAUGCGUUCAUCCAAAGACGAUUUAUGGUGAAACGAGGGUGUGAAUAGGCCCUGGUGGGUUGACGACUGGCCGUAAAACACAGCUGGGAGAGAUGAGGAAGGACGAAACAAAGGGAGGAGUAAAAGAGAGAGAGUGAAAUGGUUGUGGAUAAAGCGCAAGACGGGGCCAUGAGCUGUGCACCACCUUACGACUCGCUAUCAGCUCGGCCAAGCCCCUGCCGUGCAAAAGAGUGGGAAAGAGAGCUGCAUGGUGCCCAAAGACUGUCGUCCCCACUUCGACCGGCUCUACCUUCCGUUUCCCGACGGCCUUCAGCGCUCCCUGGAUAUCUGCUCUCACCCUCCCAAGAGUACGCUGACCAACAGCAACGUCUUUCGUUAUCGCUGUGCUCAGAGACCUCGCUGGCGCCCCCUGUGCCUGCAGUGGGCGCUGCUCCAGCCUGCUGCCAGGCAGUGGGAGUCAUGCCCUUGCUGCGCCUUGCGCUCCUGAUUUUCAGCUUCCUUUUUUGGGCAGCAGGCCUUGCGAUCUUCACCUUAGGGGUCUGGGCGCAGGCUUCGCUGUCCGACUACAUGCUACUCUCGGCGAACCGCUACCCAAACGCGCCCAUCAUCUUGUUAGCCACAGGUGCUGCUGUGACCGCUUGGGGCUUUUUGGGAUGUUUGGGAGUGGCUGCCAACCUUCCCUACCUUCUGCGGGCAUACGGCUUCUUCCAGUUGGCCACACUCAUGUGUGGACUAGCGGCGGGUCUCUCGGGGCUCUUUUACAGGGAGGAUAUUGCCGAAGGUUUCCGUAGUGGGCUUAAGAAAGCUGUGUUGGACUAUGGAGAAGAUGAGGGCCACGCAGAUGCACUGGACAGCCUGCAGAGGGCACUUGAUUGCUGUGGCGCUGAGGGUUGGCGUGAUUGGCUCAUGUCUGAUUGGGCUAUUCAAGAUACUGUUUACUCAACAGGAGGUUUGGGGAAUGAUUCUUCCACUGUGUCGUUGCCAGACAGUUGCUGUAUAAAACGCAAAGGCUGUCGCAAUAGGCCGUUGCCAGAGAGUGUAUUCAGCGACAUUGAGCUCGCAGGGAUUCAUGCUCACGGUUGUUUCCGCAAAGUCUUCAGCUUGGUAAAUGACAAUGUCUUUCAUAUUGCAGCAACAGUCCUGGGCCUUGCUUUCACCCAGGUGGCAGGUAUAGCCCUCACAUGUCUGCUUGCCAAUCGUCUUUCGCCCAGACUGCGAAGACAAGCCCGUUGAAAUAAACAAGCAUCAUGAAUUUGCCUCAUCUAGGCUCAUAGACUUGCUGCAUGCAGUUUCUUGAGUUCAGAUCAGUUUUUAUGGAAAAGACAAGCAAACAUUUUUUGGACAAAUGCAACAAUUAACACUGCAAGUGUGUCAUAAACGUUAGAUUGAAUGUUUAAGAUGGAGUAAAAAAUGUGAAUUAUCUUAUAUAUAAUUAACUUUUGCAUGACUCUGAAUGACUUGUGUUUUUGUCCAAUAGUCCAUUUAGCUUCCAUUACUGCCUGAAAUAUUAUGUGUAAAAGGUUAGAAAUUGUCUAUAUAGUGUGUCUCAUAUGUAUUCUUUAAAUAGUUUUUCUAUUAAUGGCCCAUUAGAGAUGUUACACUGAUUGUGGAGUGCAUUUGCUAUUGAAUGCUUUACCGGCAGGUAAUUGUAAUUGUACAUCGAUAUAAAUAUUGUAGUGGUGUCAAAUGAUUCAUCACGAUU